AUGGAAAAACUCAAAAACGCAUUAUCCAAGGAUCAUGGCAUAGAGAUCGAGAGCAAGAACGUCAACGAAAUCGAGUCGGCUGAAGAGCAUGUAUUAAUGGCAUCAAAAUCUCAGGAGUUUGACCCCGUUACUUCCAGACUUGAGGAGGUUAUUCUUGAUGACGACUAUGCUGCAGUUACGGUCGAAGAUGAUUCACCAUACGCCGAAGUUAGAGCAUCUGUUCCAAGUAGUGACGAUGCCGACUUACCCCAGAAUACAAUUAGAAUGUGGAUUCUUGGUAUGAUAUUAAAUACCAUUGGUUCUGCUUUGAAUUUGUUGUUCUCACUUCACUCUCCACAGAUCAUUCUUACUACUCUUGUUACUUCCCUUCUCGCUUGGCCGAUUGGUAUGGCAUGGGCAAGGUUCAUACCAAAUAUCAAAAUAUUUGGUACACCAUUAAAUCCAGGUCCAUUUAAUAUCAAGGAGCACACUAUUAUUGUUAUUAUGGCAAACGUUUCGUUUGGUGGUGGUGCUGCCUAUGCAACUGAUAUUUUGUUGUCACAAAAUAAGUUCUAUGAACAAGAUUUUGGAUGGGGUUUCGACUUACUUGCAAUCUGGUCUACCCAAUGUAUUGGGUUUGCAUUGGGUGGUUUAGCUCGUAGAGUCUUGGUAUACCCUGCUUCCAUGAUCUGGCCACAAAAUUUAGUUACGGUUACCUUCUUAACUAAUUUGCACGUUAACAGUAACCACGUCGCUGACGGCUGGAAAAUCUCAAGAUUAUAUUUCUUUGCCUUAAUUGGUAUCUGUUCAUUCCUUUGGUACUGGUUUCCAAAUUAUAUUUUCCAAGCAUUAUCCUGGUUUGCGUUUCCUACUUGGAUAGCACCAAAAAAUGUGAUUGUUAACCAGGUAUUUGGGGCCAAUACCGGAUUAGGAUUAAUUCCUAUUACGUUUGAUUGGAAUCAGAUAUCAGGAUAUAUCGGCUCCCCAUUAAUUCCACCAGCAAGUGCUAUUGCAACAAUUCUUCUUUCGAUGGUAACGAUUUUCUGGAUUAUUGUCCCUGCAAUACAUUAUUCUAACACAUGGUAUGCACAAUACUUGCCAAUUUCGAGUUCAGGCUCUUAUGAUAGAUACGGGAGUAACUAUAAUGUUUCAAGAAUUAUCAACAAAGACACGUUAAGUUUUAAUGAGAAGAGUUAUAAAAAUUAUUCUCCUCUUUUCUUAUCGACUACAUUUGCUAUCUCAUACGGUUUGUCCUUCGCAGCAAUGUUUGCAACAUUGGUUCACACGGUUUUAUUCCAUGGGAAAGAUAUCAUGAGACAAUUAAAGCAAAAGGAAAAGCCUGACGUUCAUAUGAGGUUGAUGAGGCAAAAUUAUAAGGAUGUACCUGAAUGGUGGUUCCUUAUUGUUUUCCUUGUCUUCUUCGGUAUAUCAAUAGUUACCAUCAGAUGUUGGAAUACUGAAAUGCCCGUCUACGCAUUAAUUGUUGCCCUUUUGAUUGCAGUUCUCUUCUUACUUCCAGUCGGUGUCAUUUUCGCUUUGACUAACAUUGGUGUUGGUUUAAACGUUGUCACAGAGUUCAUUAUUGGAUACAUGGUCCCCGGUAAGCCAUUAGCCAUGAUGUUUUUCAAAACAUACGGGUAUAUCACCAAUAACCAAGCUAUCACAUUCGUGCAAGACAUGAAGUUGGGACAUUACAUGAAGGUCGCUCCUCGUCUUUUAUUCGCAGCACAAUUUAUUGCUAGUAUAUGGGGCUCAUUAGUUCAAGUAGCCGUAUUAAGAUGGUCCUAUGGUAACAUCCCUAAUUUGUGUGAAGCUGAUCAGGCAAACAACUACACCUGCCCCAAUGGUAAAGUAUUCUUCAAUGCGAGUAUCAUCUGGGGUGUUAUUGGUCCUGAACGUCAAUUCUCCCAGGGCCAGAUUUACUACGGUUUAUUGUUCUUUUUCAUCAUUGGUGCCCUUUUGCCGCUCAUGAACUGGCUUAUCUUAAAAAAAUGGCCAAAUAGUCCUAUAAGAUGGUUGAACUGGCCCGUUUUCUUCUCCGGUACAGGCUAUAUCCCUCCUGCAACCCCUUAUAACUACUCAGCCUAUUGUGCAGUUGGCUUGACCUUCGGUUACUGGAUUAAGAGAAGAUGGUUCCAUUGGUGGUCAAAAUACAAUUAUUCCUUAUCUGCCGGCUUAGAUAUUGGUAUGGCUUGGUCCUCCGUCAUCAUCUUUUUGACAAUUUCUUUAACUAAAACUAGUGCACCAAACUGGUGGGGUAAUAACGUUAUCGAAACCACAAUGGACAUGACAAGUACUGCAAUCAGACAACCAUUAGCAGAGGGUGAAUGGUUUGGUCCAUCUUCGUGGUAA